AUGGCGCUGGCGGGGCCCCCGGGGGGCGCGGGCUGGACCUGGCGGCCAGUGGCUCGGGACGCGCUCCUGGCGCGGGCCUUCCACUCCUGCACUGAGCUGCGGGGCCGCUUCUACCUGGUGGGGGGCCUCCCGGCCGGAGGGGCGACAGAGCCGAGCGGCGACACAGUGGUCUUCGACCCGGCCGCGGGCCAGGCGGUGCAGAUGGGCGCUCGGGGCGGCCCGCGGCGCAGCCACCACGACGCGGUGCCCGUGGGCGGACGCUGGCUCUGCGUGGUGGGCGGCUGGGACGGGGCGCGCCGCCUGGCCACGGUGGCCGCGCUGGACACGGAGCGCGGAGUGUGGGAGGCGUGGAGCGCGGCCCCCGGCAGCCGCCCCCCUGCCGGCCUCAGCGGCCACACCUGCACCCGCAUCUCCGACCGAGAGCUGCGGGUAGCAGGCCGGGAGGGCGGGACCCGCACUCAGCGUCGCUACGGAAGCAUCUACACGCUGAGGCUGGACCCCGGCGCCCGCACCUACUGCUAUAAGGAGGAGGGCUGCCACACAACCUCCCGCUCGGGUCACUGUGCCGCCCUGCUCCGGACUCCCGGGCCCCACCCAGCUCACCAGCUGCUGCUCUUUGGGGGUUGCAACUCGCCUGAACCAGAAGUAGCUGGGCAUUGGAGUCCGGGGAAGAUUAAGGAGGAACCACCUGCUGCCCUCCAUUUGAUGGAACAGCUUGCCAGGCUUGUGAGCACUGGGCAGGGGUCCCAGCAGGGGCCUCGGGGACUUCGGCAUCACUCAUGUUCUGUGGUGGGGCCCUUCGCUGUGCUGUUUGGUGGAGAAACUCUGACCAGAGCCAGAGACACCAUCUGCAAUGACCUCUACAUCUAUGAUACCCGCAAGUCCCCUUCCACGUGGUUCCACUUCCCUGGUGCAGACCAUGGGCUGAAACGCGUGGGCCAUCGGACCUGCCUUUGGAAUGAUCAGCUUUACCUGGUUGGGGGUUUUGGCGAGGAUGGCAGGACACCCAGUCCACAGGUUUGCAUCCUGGACCUAUUUAUCUAA